CUAUAAGUACCGAGUCGCUUCCGGUAGCCUCUGUACCACUGCUGUGUUUGCGUUCGUGGUGGUUUCUGCAGUUCGUGCUUGCCGUUAUGCCUGAGCCGGCAAAAUCCGCCCCGGCGUCCAAGAAGGGCUCGAAAAAAGCUGUAACCAAAGCCCAGAAAAAGGACGGCAGGAAGCGCAAGCGCAGCCGCAAGGAGAGCUAUUCCAUCUACGUGUACAAGGUACUGAAGCAAGUGCACCCGGACACCGGCAUCUCAUCCAAGGCCAUGGGCAUCAUGAACUCGUUCGUCAACGACAUCUUCGAGCGCAUCGCGGGCGAAGCGUCGCGCCUGGCGCAUUACAACAAGCGCUCGACCAUCACGUCCCGGGAGAUCCAGACGGCCGUGCGCCUGCUGCUGCCCGGCGAGCUGGCCAAGCACGCCGUGUCCGAGGGCACCAAGGCGGUCACCAAGUACACCAGCUCCAAGUGAGUUCCUGCCUGGAUGCGGCGCUCGCACGAGUCGCCGAGCCCCUUGACUUUACAAAGGCUCUUUUCAGAGCCACCCACCUGCUCAGUGGAAGAAGCUGUCAUGUUGUUUUACACGGGUUUUUUGUAGCCCUACCUUGCUUUUUGGUUUCCUCACCUAGUUAACGUUAAGAGCGUUCACAGUCGUUAAGUACAAACGCAGCCAUUUCUUUCAGAUAAGUGACGGAGUAUUCUUACCUCGUUUGGGAGAACUUAAUGGGGUAUAGAUGUGGUGCGUUUUGUCAGAACUCUUGAAACUGGCUGUUUCAAUAAUGUUGCUUUUUAUGAACUUAUGUAUGCAAGGUAAAGUUUGAAUAUUAAAGGUGCGACCAUCUGGUGUUCCCAAGUGGUAAAACAGUGCUGGUACUUAAUUUUUGGUAUUGUGUGCUCUGUGUUGUUACAAAAAAGGGAUAACUCAACUUUCACUUGGUACUGACAAAUUCCUUGCGUUUGUGUAUCUUGCAUUCACAAACACCUGCGUACCCAGUUUAUGUGUAGAUUCCCCAAUAGGGAAAUUGGAGCUUGGUCUUGAUACCUAGGAAUUAACCAUUCUUCUGGUGGCUGCUGUCUGCCUCAUCUUAGGUCAAAUCACAUAAAACUUGCCUAACACUCGGUGACUCUUAGAAAAGCUUGCCCAAUUUAAAAGACAUGUCCAUACAACCGAAAUAAGAUAUGCAUAAUUUCUGAAGCAGGAAAAUAUUUGAAAUGUUCGAGGAGCAGGAAGCCCCAAUAUAGCUGGGAAUGCAAAGGAGACUGGCUUCAGAGGUUAGUGUCGGUGCUUUGGGAACCCUUGGAUUGCUUUCUGUAGGGACAUGAAUAACAGGACCUCAUUAACCUUAAAGUAGAUCACUCUGGUUGCUACGGUGAAUCAAAGAUUCUAGAUUGUCCAUAGUAGAAGCAAGGGAACCAAUUAGGAGGGCUAUUACAGUGUUGCAGGCUAGAGCAGUGACUCAGAGUUCUCUUCCAGACCAGCAGUAUUAGCAUUACCUGAGAAUUUAUUAAAGGUGGAGUCUUCAGACCCUAAUAAUUUGUGUUAACGAGCCCUCUGGGUGAUUCUGAUGCAUGCUAAAGUGUGAGAACCACUGGGUAGUCUAGACGUGCUGGAUUGGAGAACAGUGAUAAUGGAGAUGGUGAGAAAUGUUGCGAUUAGGAUUAUAUUUUGGAGGUAGUACUGUGGAUAGGAGCAAAACCCCUAGGUUUUUAGCCUGAGCAACUGCGUAAACAGUGGUGCUGUUGAUUAGGAUUGAAUACUGGGAGGAGGGAUAGAUUGGGGCAUUGAAGGGAGAUCCAGAAUUCUGAUUUAAGAUUGAGAACCUUCAAUAUAUGAAAUUGAUAUUCAACAUUCAACUCUAUAAAUGGAGUUGGCAGUGUGAGAGAUGCAUCUAGGGCUCAGCGAAGAGAACACGA